GAUUGAAGGAUACAGUCGGUCCGAACUAUUGGGGGGGAUAUCACUUUCACGUUUUGCCAACCCCAAACCCCAAACGGGACAGGUUAAAGUUCACCGAAAGCGAUAGCGGCGAAUUUAUUUUUUCAUGUUUUUGUCCGAGGAAUAGUGAAAGUUUUUCCAUUCAUGACGCAUUAAUAGUUGUUAUCUUUGAAAACAUCUCAUGUUAUGUGGAAAGAUCUCAGAAAUGGGUUGGAACAUGAAUCGUAAUCGAUUGGAUUGCUAACUUGGAGUCGAACUGGAUGGGAUCCGCAAUUUUACCACACAAAUUUAACAAUCGUCGUCGUUAACCGUCAUCGGAACCAGAAAUGCUUUGCUGCUGCCUAGGAACCAGAAGUGAUAAAGUGUCUCCCGGAGAAUCGGUCGAGGGAUUUUCAUCCUAUUGGAUGAUUCAUCCCAUCGCCCCGAAAUUAAUGAAGUCGUUGCAAUCACAAUCUCCUUCGCUACAACGAGGUGAUUCCAAUGCAUUUGAAACGGAUCGACACUGUACUGACAUUUUGUUCAUAGGAUUCAAAGCAGCUUUCAUCUUCAUAUUGUUGGCGCUCAUUAUCUACUGCAUGGCGUUUGGCGACGUCUAUCGGAUAAUAAAUGGCUACGACGAUUGUGCCAAUGUGUGUGGCCGGGACAACAAACCAGAUAAGGAUCUCUCGUGCAAGGGAACUGACCGUACGGAACAAAAAUAUCUGCUGGUAGAUAGCUCAGGAAUCGCUAGUGACCUGCAUCGUCAGUGUGUUGCAAGAUGUGAGGACUUCGAAGGCUACAAACCACUCCUCAACCGCUGCGUCCUCAAGAAAAACGUGGCCCAAGAGGUGGCCACCAAAACCGGUCUCCGCAACUACUUCCAAGAGGUUUCGGAGGAUUUGGAAACGUGCUACCCGGAGGUCCUGUGGUUGUGCACCAUCGCUUUCGUUUUUUCACUACUCACGCUAGUUUUGCUACGAUACAUUCCGGGAUUGAUCGUCUGGUUGGUGCUGAUUGCCGUGAUCGCGUCCUGUUCCGUGGGCACGAUCUGGCUCUGGGUGAAAUGGGACUUCGAGAAGAGACAACUUCCAUCGGAAGCCGGUGAAGGAGCUAAAACUCGUACCAAUAACUAUCUGUACUACGCAAUUGCCGCUACAAUCAUGACGGUUCUGGUGUACCUCAUCAUACUGGUCAUGAGGAAACGGAUCAAACUUGUAGUUCAACUGUUCAAGGAGGCCGGAAAAGCCAUCUCCAACAUGCCCUGUUUGCUACUGGAACCUAUCCUGACUUUCGUAUCGAUCGCCGCGGUCAUCACCCUGUUCGUGUACUUCACGAUGUGGAUCGAGAGUUCCGGAAUGCUACGAGUGGAGAACAACCAGAGCGCCAAGUACGUCAAGGACUCGACGAUGCUGUUCACCCGGUGGUACAAUUUGUUGGCCUUCCUAUGGUUCUGUCAGUUCAUCAUCGGUUGCCAGCACAUGGUCAUUGCCGGGGCGGUGGCCUGUUGGUUUUUCACCCGAAACAAGUCCAACCUGGGCAGCCCGAUACUGAAGAGCUUCGGCAAUUUAGUGCGCUACCACAUGGGAACCGUAGCGCUCGGGUCGUUCAUCAUAGCCGUGGUACAAUUUCUGAGAGCAAUACUCAAACUGGUCAUGUACUACACCCGUGACCACCAGAACCGCGUGACGGCCUGCAUCUUCGAGUGCUGUCAGUGCUGUUUGAAGUGCUUCGAACAAUUUCUGCAGUACCUGACGCGCAACGCGUACAUCAUGACGGCCAUGCACGGCGAUCCGUUCUGCACCGGGGGCAAGAAUGCGUUCCGGUUGCUGUCGAGCAACGCCCUGCGAGUGUUUGCCAUAAAUUCGGUGGGAGAUUUCGUGUUAAUCUUGUCCAAGGUGUUCGUCGUCGUUGUAACCUGUCUCAUCGGCAUGGAGGUGAUCCAGAAGAAGUCCGGGAUGCAUCAUCCCUACGUACCGAUCAUAUUGGUGGGAAUAUUUGCCUAUUUGGUUGCGCACUGCUUCAUGACGGUUUAUGAGAUGACCGUCGAUACCAUUUUCCUUUGCUUCUGCGAAGACUGCGAAACAAACGAUGGCAUUAACAAACCCUAUUUCAUGUCCCGAGGGUUAAUGGAAUUUGUGCAAAAUUCCAAGAAAGCACUGGCCAUCCUGGACAACCGAACGGCAAGUACCAUGAAGGAUGGCAACGCGUGGACUAGCAGUGGCGGAGUUAAUUCCGGGGACAGGGCCAAGCUGACGAAAACAAUCUCGGAAACGGUAGACUGAUGGUUGGGGAGUCCGCAGAUGCUUCUAGUAGAAACCGAAAACUUACGUGCACAUUGAUACUGAUUUUUGUAAGCUUUGAUGGUGUGUGGUGUGCUUUUUACAUUUUUAUGAAUAAAAAUACAUUUUGAAUAAAA